AUGGCUGAGUAUAACUACGAAGACCUCGGGUUCUUCAAUAGUUCCAACGACAGCAGCCAGGGGCACCAAGACUUCCUGCAGUUCAGCAAGUUCUUCCUGCCGAGCAUGUACGUGGUGGUGUUCACCUGCGGCCUGGUGGGAAACUCCUUGGUGCUGGUCAUCUACGUCUUCUACCAGAAGCUGAAGAGCCUGACGGAUGUGUUCCUGAUGAACCUGCCCCUGGCUGACCUGGUGUUCGUCUGCACUCUGCCCUUCUGGGCCUAUGCAGGCAUCCACGAGUGGGUCUUUGGCAGCGUCAUGUGCAAAGCCCUGCUGGGCAUCUACACGCUGAACUUCUACACGUCCAUGCUCAUCCUCACCUGCAUCACCGUGGAUCGCUUCGUCGCGGUGGUGCGGGCCACCAAGGCCUACAACCAGCAGGCCAAGCGCAUGGCCUGGGGUAAGGCCAUCUGCUCGUCCAUCUGGGUGGUUUCCCUGCUGGUUUCCUUGCCGCAGAUCAUCUACGGCAAUGUCCUUUACCACGACCGGCCCUUCUGCGGUUAUCACGAGGCGAUUUCCUCCAUGGUGCUGGCCACCCAGAUGACCCUGGGGUUCUUCCUGCCACUGCUUGCCAUGGUCGUCUGCUACUCGGUCAUCAUCAAGACGCUGCUUCAGGCUCGAGGCUUCCGGAAGCACAAGUCUCUAAAGAUCAUCUUCCUGGUGGUGGCGGUGUUCCUGCUGACCCAGACGCCCUUCAACCUCGUGAAGCUCAUCCGCAGCACGAGCUGGGAGUACCACACCAUGACCAGCUUCCACUACGCCAUCGCGGUGACAGAGGCCAUUGCCUACCUGCGUGCCUGCCUUAAUCCUGUGCUCUAUGCCUUUGUUGGCCUCAAGUUUCGGAAGAAUUUCUGGAAGCUCGUGAAAGACGCAGGCUGCCUCCCUUACCUGGGUGUCUCAGGCCAACACACGUGUUCGGAGGACACUUCCAGGAGUGCUUCAGCCUCUCACAACGUGGAGGCCACCAGCAUGUUCCACCUGUAG